CCCAGUGCCCACUCUCGCUCCCUCCGUGUUCGAGCCAGGAGAAACUGUACCUUCGGACCCGUGCCCCUCGUCCUCUUUCGCUUUCUGCUGCCGCGGCUGGUGGUGCCGGAACAGGCGCCUGACGCGACCAAAGAAUUUUAAGCUGCCGGUGCUCCGGCCUGACCAAAACCGUAUCGAGCGAGCAGCGACCGUAAUCUUCGAGGGGACGACGAGUUUAGCUCCGAGCACUUCUCCCUCGUCCGGCAGCAGCGGCAGCAGAAACAAAUGCGAGCCCGGAGGCUGGUGGUAAAUGACAAACUGAGUGAUCGCUCGACGUAUUGACGGGACCGAUCGAGAGUGGUCUUGGGACGUUGAAAGCGAACCAGAGGCAGAGUCACUCGCUGUCUCUCAUUUGCAACCCGACGUUGCAUCGAGGGAGGACGAUAUCGAUCAUCGCGUGGAGCGUCUGAUCGGACCACCAGACGAGAGGAUGGAUGUGGUGACGACGAGUCAAGGGGCAGCAGGUGCCAUAGAGAAGGUAGUGGUGCACCCCUUGGUGCUGCUGAGUAUCGUCGAUAAUUAUACUCGCUGUGCAAAGGACUCUAGCAAGCGCGUCAUUGGUGUUCUUCUUGGUGCCGUGCACCGAGGUCGUGUCGAUAUUACGAACUCUUAUGCCGUUCCGUUUGAGGAAGAUGAGAAAUCUCCUAGCAUCUGGUUUUUGGACCACAACUACCAUGAGGCAAUGUUCGACAUGUUCAAAAGAAUCAAUGCCAAGGAGCACGUGGUAGGCUGGUACAGCACAGGGCCCAAGCUUAGGGAAAACGACCUUGAUAUCCAUGAACUUUUUAGAGACUAUGCUCCCAACCCGGUACUUGUCAUCAUUGAUGUCCAGCCCAAGGAGUUGGGUAUACCAACCAAAGCCUACUACGCUGUGGAGGAAGUUAAGGAGGACGCAACUCAAAAAAGUCAGAAGGUGUUUGUUCACGCCGCGUCCGAGAUUGGGGCUUAUGAAGCUGAGGAGAUUGGUGUUGAACAUCUAUUGAGAGAUGUCAAGGACGCAACUGUGAGCACACUUGCGACAGAGGUUGGAGGAAAAUUAGUAGCAUUAAAGGGCCUGGAGGCCCGACUGAAGGAGAUUCAGUCUUAUCUGGACCACGUAGUGGAAGGCAAACUUCCUGUCAAUCAUGAGAUAUUAUAUCAUUUGCAGGACGUCUUUAAUCUUCUGCCCAAUUUGAACGUGCACGAGCUAGUCAAGUCCUUUGCCGUGAAAACCAACGACAUGAUGCUUGUCAUAUACCUGUCGUCACUUAUCCGCAGUGUUGUCGCUCUUCACAAUCUUAUCAACAAUAAGAUGCUGAACAAGGAACACGAGAGACUUGCGGAUGCUACAACAUCAGGGUUGUCAACACUUGCAGUUGCAGCUACUAGUUAGGUUGUGCCAUUGUAGUUUAGUGAGUCAUCAAAGUCUAGCACAUUGUAGCUCGUUAACCUGAAAUCAUCGAGAUCAGAUUAUCAACGCACAAAAGUUUUGCCGUCGAGCUACAGGGGCCUACUGCUUGACAUGACUAUCGUUUAACCGGGAGUACAGUGAACUUGUCAGUGACCAGGACUAUUCGAAGGUGAUACUCGUGCUGUUGAUUGGGGUUCUUAUUGUUGUAGAUUGAUUCAUGUGCAUGUACUUGCCAGGCUUGUAGCGUUCUUCCUCGGAGGUAUCUGUCUAUCGAAGCUAUUUUCCUAAGAUAUUUACAGUUGUUCUCCCUCCUGGUGGAAUGUGCCGAUACGUCUCUGUGCAUGAAAUUGCGGUGUCAUAUCACGGGUCCAGGCCUUGCUAAGGACUAACUUUUGCAGACAAAUAGUCAGUACAGUGCUUAGACAAUUGAAAGUGCGGUGCAUUAGGGCAUUCUUAUUCUCUAAAGCUGGAAAACUGCCACAGCUUUCCAUGGUCACUUUCACCCUUACAGGAAUGCCGGAGGUUCUCUUUAGACCCAGGCAGCACACAAUGAACGGAAUUUUGAAUUUAUUAUCUAUCGUAUAUCUC